CAACCUUCGUCUUACCUCACGCAUCUCCGACUGAUCAAGCUCGACAGUCAAGAUCAAAGGCCAAGAAUCUUGGCCGAUUUGAGCUGAGGCGCUGAGUCUGCCGUUGGACCCCAGCACCCCGUCAGGACGUUACCCCCGCGUAGAUCCUCCACCCGUCACAGCACCCAAAAAACCAUGGCCAACAUCUUCCGCCAAGCCAUCUCAUGGCUCUACACCACCUUCGCCGUCUCCAUCCUCGGAACCUGGACCCUCCUCAUCCUCGGCGGCGUCGGCCUCACGGCCGUAGACUCGGACCCAGGCCUCCUCCCGCUCAUCGCCUUCCCCUCCCUCCUCACCUUCCUUGUCGCAAAGCUCAUCGUCGCCGCAUCACCCCCAGCAAACGCCCGGAAUGCCACCACGGCUGCCGCGGGCGGCGAUAAUCUCGCAACCUGGCUCGCAACAGCAGACUACGGCUCCCCCCACGGCGCCCUCGUCCUCUUCCUCUUCUCGGUAACCUGGCUCCUACACCUCGCGCGCGUAGUCUUCGCCCUCUUCCUCGUCGUCCUGAUGGGCGCCUUUUUCGUUUUUGCGUCUUCGCUCGACGCAGCUGAUAAAGAGGAGACGGAGGCCGGCGGCGAAGGUCUCUUCUCCGACGACGGCGCGCGUAAGAACUUUACUACCGCGCUCGCCGAGUUUGAGGAGAAGGCCGGGAUCGGACUGGGCGAUUACCUCGUUGAUAACCCGUGGGUUGUCUUUCAGGUCGUUGCCGCGCUUUGGGGCAUGAUGAAUCUGUUGCUUAUGUAUAUUACGGUGUAUGCUUUUGGGGCGUUGAGGAAGGUGUUGACGACGCCGCUUGAGGCUUGGGCGAGGGCUGGUCAGGAGCCUCCCAUCGCCAAGCCGGGGCGGUGA